AUGGAAAGAGUCAACCAAACCAUCAGUGUCUCUGAGUUCAUCCUCCUGGGAUUGUCCUCACGGCCUGAGGACCAGAAACCACUCUUUGCCCUCUUCUUCACCAUGUACCUGGUCACUAUAACAGGGAACCUGCUCAUCAUCCUGACCAUCUGCUCUGAUCCCCAGCUCCAGACCCCCAUGUAUUUCUUCCUAAACAUCCUGUCGUUUACUGACAUUUGCUUUUCAACAACUAUAGUUCCUAAGAUGCUGGUGAACUUCUUGUCUGAGAAGAAGGCCAUCUCCUAUGCUGGAUGUCUGACACAGACGUAUUUUCUCUAUGCUUGGGGCACCACUGACAGUUGCAUCUUGGCAGUCAUGGCCAUUGACCGCUAUGUGGCUAUCUGUGAUCCUUUCCAUUAUGUCACCACCAUGAGCCACCGUCGUUGUACCCUGCUACUGGCCUUCUCCUGUUCCAUCUCUCACCUCCAUUCCCUCCUGCACAUUCUUCUGCUAAAUCGUCUCACCUUCUGCUAUUCCAAUAUUAUCCACCACUUUCUCUGUGAUAUCAACCCUUUGCUGAAAAUGUCUUGCACCUCCACAUUUGUCAAUGAACUUGUAAUAAAGACAGAAGGAGUGGUUAUUUUGGUGACCCCCUUUUUAUUCAUUUCUUUCUCUUAUAUUCGAAUUCUCAUUGCAGUUAUCAAAAUUCCCUCAGCUUCAGGGAAACGCAAAGCAUUCUCCACCUGUGGUUCUCACCUCACUGUGGUAGCCUUCUUUUAUGGAAGCAUCUUCUAUGAGUACUUACAGCCCCUGCCAAGCUACACCAUUAGGGAUCAAGUGGCAACAAUAUUCUACACAGUUUUGUCCUCCAUGCUAAACCCUUUUAUCUAUAGCCUGAGAAACAAUGACCUGAAAUGGGGCCUGAGGAAGCUGAUGGGCAGGAGGAAAUCCUAG